ACUUUAAAGAUCAUUAACGCCUGGGACCUCAAGACACCCAGCUCAAGACGCCCACCCCCUGCACCAUCUAGGGGACAUGGUGUCUACCCUAAUUCUCAACAUCUCUAGGGGAAAAGAAGAUCCAACACCUUAGGACUGUGAAUCAGGGAAUAGCCCAGUCUCAGAAGAAUUUGGGAAGGUGGACAUCAGCAGACUGCGAUCACCGUGACUUGUGCUCCAGGAGGGGAGGAAGAGAAACAGAAUCAAAGAUCAGGGAAGGGUCUUAGAAUUCUCCUAGUCCAAACCUCCUUGCAGAUGAGAAAAUGGAAGUCUAGAGACUAAUCAACUUGCCCACAGUCACACAAGUAGCAAAUGGCAAGGACACCCACCAACUAACUGAAGGACUCUUGCCUGGAGUAUUGUUACAGCAGACGGAGAGAGGGGCCAGUCUACUCGGGGGGCCUGCUUCCUGCCAAGAAACCUUGGUGGGACUGCAGGAGGGAGCAUGUGCUGUCUUUGUGGAAAAAUGAGAACCCAAACAAGCAGCUUUUAACAUAAGGCAAGUGGAAAUAGUCUGACCUCCUGAGGAGAAAGAAGAGGAAGGUGCAGAUCACCAACCAUCCCAUUAGCUGCAAUGGGACAGACCUGCCAACAUAUGGGAUGUGUUUGUGAGCCACGAAUUCUUCCUCCUUUGGACAGUGAAAAGAUCGACAAGUAUCUUUAUGCCAUGCGGCUCUCAGAUGACGUCCUUCACGAGGUCACGAAUCGAUUUAAGAAAGCAAUGUCAAAUGGGCUUUCCAGAAAUUAUAAUGUAACUGCUUCUGUGAAGAUGCUACCAACAUUUGUGAGAUCCAUUCCUGAUGGCUCAGAAAAGGGAGAUUUCAUUGCUCUGGAUCUUGGGGGGUCUUCCUUUCGAAUUCUACGGGUGCAAGUGUCUCAUGAUAAAAAUCAGCACGUUGAGAUGGAUUCAGAGGUUUAUGAAACCCCAGACCGUAUAAUGCGUGGCAGUGGACCUGAGCUUUUUGAUCAUGUUGCUGAAUGCCUUGGAAACUUCAUGGAGAAAAAGAAGAUCAAAGAUAAGAACUUACCCAUUGGAUUUACUUUCUCCUUCCCCUGUCGACAGACAAAAAUCAAUGAGGCUGUUCUGAUCACCUGGACCAAGCGCUUUAAGGUCAGCGGAGUGGAGGGUUCUGACGUGGUCCAGCUGCUCAACAAAGCAAUCAAGAAGCGAGGGGAAUAUGAAGCCAACAUCAUGGCUGUCGUGAACGACACUGUGGGGACGAUGAUGACCUGUGCCUUCGAUGACCCAGAGUGUGAAGUGGGCCUGAUCGUUGGUACCGGCACCAACGCCUGCUACAUGGAAGAACUGAGGCACAUCGACAUGGUUGAAGGGGAUGAAGGGCGUAUGUGCAUCAACACAGAAUGGGGGUCCUUUGGGGAUGACGGCUGCAUCAAUGAAAUUCGCACAGAAUUUGACAAAGAGAUUGACCGGGGAUCCCUCAAUCCUGGGAAGCAGCUAUUUGAGAAGAUGGUCAGUGGCAUGUACAUGGGGGAGCUUGUCAGACUGAUUAUUGUAAAGAUGGCGAAGGGGGGCCUCCUAUUUGAUGGGCGGCUCACACCUGAGCUACUCACCAAAGGGAAAUUUGAGACCAAGAAUGUAUCAGCCAUUGAGAAAACCAAGGAAGGUCUCGACAGAGCCAAAGAUAUCCUGACCAACCUUGGCUUGGAGCCAUCCCCCGAAGAUUGUGUCUCUGUCCAGCAUGUGUGUGCCAUUGUCUCACAUCGAUCGGCCAAUCUGGUGGCUGCCAUGUUGGCUGGCAUCUUGUUCCGCCUGAAAGAAAACAAAAAUUUGCCUCGGCUGCGGACCACAGUUGGGGUUGAUGGAACGCUGUACAAGUUUCAUCCACAGUACUCCCGCCGAUUGCAGAAAACCCUGCGGCGCUUGUUCCCUGACUCUGAUGUGCGCUUCAUCCUCUCCGAGAGUGGGAGUGGGAAGGGGGCUGCCAUGGUGACCGCUGUGGCCUAUCGGCUGGCCGAGCAACAGAAGCAUAUGGCCGAGAUGCUGGCCCCCUUGAAGCUUACAUCUCAGCAGCUCAUGCAGGUGAAGAACAGACUGCGAGUGGAGAUGGACCUGGGGCUAAAGAAGAGCAGCCACGAUAGUGCCAAGGUGAAGAUGUGGCCAUCCUACGUGACUGGUACCCUGGACGGUUCUGAGUCUGGAGACUUCUUAGCCCUGGACCUUGGGGGCACAAACUUCCGGGUCCUGCUGGUGAAGAUCCGUAGUGGGAAAAAGAAGAGUGUUGAAAUGCAUAACAAAAUCUAUGCCAUUCCUGAGUCAGUGAUGCAGGGCACCGGAGAGGAGCUUUUCGACCACAUUGUUUCCUGUAUCUCUGACUUUCUGGAUUAUAUGGGGAUGAAAACUGCCCGGUUGCCCCUUGGCUUCACGUUCUCCUUUCCUUGCCACCAGACGAGUUUGGAUGGGGGCACCCUGGUCACGUGGACGAAGGGCUUUAAUGCAUCCAACUGUGUAGGACAAGAUGUGCCCACCUUGCUGAGAGACGCAAUUAAAAGGAGAGGGGAAUUUGACCUGGAUGUUGUGGCUUUGGUCAAUGAUACUGUGGGCACCAUGAUGACCUGUGCUUAUGAAGAACGGACUUGUGAAGUUGGACUCAUUGUAGGGACAGGAAGCAAUGCCUGCUACAUGGAAGAGAUGAAGAAUAUUGAGCUGGUGGAGGGGAAUGAGGGACGGAUGUGCAUCAACAUGGAGUGGGGUGCUUUUGGGGACAAUGGAUGCCUAGAAGACCUUAGGACGGAGUAUGACCGAAUCGUGGAUGAUUUUUCCCUCAAUGCUGGCAAACAGAGGUAUGAGAAGAUGAUUAGCGGGAUGUACUUGGGAGAAAUCGUCCGAAACAUUUUAAUUGACUUCACCAAGAAUGGUUUCCUGUUCCGAGGCCACAUUUCUGAGGCUUUGAAAACCCGGGGAAUCUUUAAGACCAAGUUCCUGUCACAGAUUGAAAGUGAUAGGUUGGCCCUGCUCCAGGUCCGAGUGAUUCUGCAGGAGCUGGGUCUAAACAGCACCUGUGACGACAGUAUCCUUGUCAAGAUGGUCUGUGGGGUCGUGUCCAAGAGGGCUGCCCAGCUCUGCGGGGCUGGGGUGGCAGCUGUUGUGGACAAGAUCAGGGAAAACAGGAAUCUGGAAACUCUGAAAGUGACUGUAGGAGUUGACGGGACACUCUAUAAACUCCAUCCUCAUUUCUCCAGGAUCAUGAAUCAGACAGUGCAGGAUCUGGCCCCCAAAUGUAACGUCAAAUUCCUCCUCUCAGAAGACGGCAGUGGGAAGGGAGCGGCACUCAUCUCGGCUGUCGGGGUGAGGCUCCGAGAGGGCAAAGGCAAGGCCAGCUAAGAAGCCCCAACGGACGCCGGCUCCUCUGUACCCUUGGAGCCCUUCUCUCUCUCUCUCUCUCUCUCUCUCUCUCUCUCUCUCUCUCUCUCUCUCUCUCUCUCUCUCUCUCUCUCUCUCUCUCUCUCCCUCUCUGUCUCUCUCUUUCCUUUUCUCUCUCUUUCUUUCUUUUUCUCUCUUUCUAGGCACUCCUCCUUCUUCCUUCCUUGGGUAGCCUGAACUGAAUGCACACCAGACCCUGCCAAUGUAUGAAGCCCUGUAUACCUCUAGGCAUAAAAGAAUUGGGUGCAAAAUUGAA